AUGGAUCCGAACACGAGAUUGCUUACGCCAGAGUUCGAAAAUGGUCUAAAGGAAUUCAUGGGGAAAGCUCUCAACCAACAAGAAGCUAAAUCAGAGCAUCCUAGGAGAUCACUUGAUGUAUUUCUACAGCCACUAAUAUAUGAGUUGCAACAGCUAUGGGGUCAAGGUGCUGAAACGUACGAUGUUUCAUGUAAAGAAAACUUCCAAAUGCGGGCAGUACUUAUGUGGACAAUAAGUGAUUUCCCAGCAUAUGGUAUGUUAUCUGGAUGGACAACACAUGGAAGGCUAUCAUGUCCAUAUUGUCAAGAUAACACUGAUGCUUUCCAACUAAAACAUGGAAGGAAAACGUGUUGGUUUGACUGUCACAGGAGAUUCCUACCACCAGAUCAUCCAUAUCGCAGGAGUAGGAAUUUAUUUACGAAGAACAAGAGGGUGUUUGAUGAUCCAACACCGGAAAUCAGUGGGAGAGAAAUGUUGACACAACUAAGAGAUUUUGGUGCAGAAAGGACCCCAGACGUGGGUGGACAUGUGCAUUAUCCGGUAGAUGCUAUUGGAGAUCUACAUAACUGGCACAAAAAGAGUAUUUUCUGGGAUCUGCCAUACUGGAAGGAUCAUCUGCUGAGGCAUAAUUUAGAUGUCAUGCAUAUUGAGAAGAACUUUUUCGACAACCUGAUGAACACGAUCCUUAACGUUCAAGGUAAAACCAAGGAUAAUUUGAAGUCAAGACUGGAUUUAGUCGAUAUAUGUGCUCGUGAAGAACUUCAUGUUGAUGAGAAUGGCAGGGCUCCUUUUCCCAUAUACCGACUUGAUGCAGCGGCCAAAGAUGCGUUCUUUGAUUGGAUUUCAAAGGAUGUGGAAUUUCCAGACGGUUAUGCAUCUAAUUUGGGUAACUGUGUCGACAGAAGGGAAGGAAAGUUUACCGGCUUAAAGAGUCACGAUUGCCAUGUAAUGAUGCAGCGCCUCCUUCCGUUCGCCUUCAAGGAACUAUUACCAAAGAAUGUUUAUGAAGCAGUUGCCGGGAUAAGUGCUUUCUUCCGAGAUUUAUGCACGAGAUCAGUUACUCCUGAAUGUAUUGAAAACUUGAAGACUAACAUAGCCGUGAUUAAGUGCAACCUUGAGAAGAUAUUUCCUCCUUCAUUUUUUGAUGUUAUGGAGCAUCUUGUUAUUCACCUGCCAAGAGAAUUGGAACUUGGUGGUCCUGUUCAGUAUAGAUGGAUGUAUCUGUAUGAGCGGUAUAUGUUUCAUCUAAAGAAAAUGGUGAAAAAUUUAAGUAGGGUAGAAGGUUCUAUAGUGGCACAGUUUAUCAGAGCAGAAACUUCAAACUUUGCGGAGCACUACUUUCCAGGAGAAGUGCAGACGAAAAGCAGAAAACCCGCUCGGCAUGAUGAUAGAGGCGAAAGGGCAACAUAUUAUGUUACGGUUCCAGACAUCUUCACAGAUGUUGGACGACUCAGCGGAAAACCAAAGAACCGUCAACUUACUGAAGAGGAGCACAGUCAAUUGCAAAUAUAUUUGCUCACCAACUGCGAAGAUGUUUUUCAAUACGAGAGGAUUUUCAUGGCGGAAAAGCGGUUCGAAUAUAGACACGCCACAGAGGAGGAACUAGAAGCACUGAAGAUGAGAGAAUUUGCUGGAUGGAUGCGUACUUAUGUGUCUGAUGGUAUGGCCAGAGGUGAAACAAUUAAUGAUUGGCUACGCGAGAUGAUUUGGGGCCCAAAGUAUGUUGUGAAGUCAUAUCCGAGAUUUGCUUCUCGGGGAUAUGCAUUCACAACUUCUAAGAGGAGACAUCAAUUAUUUUCAAUAUUUGUUUGUUAUAUCAAAUACCCCCGGGUUACGAACAGAGAUGAUCCAUGGGUUACUGUUACAGCACUCAACCCGAGAAGCCGAGUUCAAGGAAGUUCUGAGUUGGAAGACCCACUCCAACCAAACACAUCCGGCAACUUAAGUGCAGCAGGAGAUGUAGCUGCAGUUGAUCUUGUUAUCGAUUUCACCGAUUUUGGAGACGAAGCCGUUGUUCACGUCGAAGAUGAACCAGAGAUUGGAGAGUUUCACCAAGAUCCAGAUUCAGAUUCAUCUGGUGGUGAUGAUGGUGACUCGGGUUCAGAGGAUGAACCAGAGAUUGGAGAGUAG